AUGAUUGGAAUGAAUAGAUUGAUAUUUUCUAAAGCUUUUACGAGUUCUUGUAAAAGUAUGGGAAAAGUACCUUUUACAAAAUCUAUAACUAGAGCCAAUACCCGCUAUUUCAAACCAACAUCGAUACUACAACAAAUUAGAUUCAAUUCUAAACUGUCAACGACACCAAACACAGAAGCCAAUUCUAAUGGCUCAACAAAUUCUCAAUCGGAUACAAAAAAACCACGACCCAAAUUAACUAGUGAAAUCUUCAAGCUUUUAAGAUUAGCAAAGCCGGAAUCGAAAUUGAUUUUUUUUGCCUUGAUAUGUUUAGUAACAACUUCAGCUACAACCAUGACUUUACCUUUAAUGAUUGGGAAAAUUAUAGACACAACAAAAAAAGACGACGAUGAUGACAAAGGCAAAGACAACGACGAUAAAGAUGACACACAACCAAGCGAUAAAUUAAUAUUUGGUCUUCCUCAACCACAGUUUUAUUCGGCAUUAGGGGUGUUAUUCAUAGUUAGUGCCAGUACUAAUUUUGGUAGGAUAUAUUUAUUAAGGUCUGUAGGGGAAAGAUUAGUGGCACGAUUGAGAUCACGUUUAUUUCUGAAGAUUUUAGCUCAGGAUGCUUAUUUUUUUGACUUAGGACCCUCGAAAACUGGUAUGAAAACGGGUGAUUUGAUAUCAAGAAUUGCAAGUGACACACAAAUCAUUUCUAAAAGUCUUAGUAUGAAUAUCAGUGACGGAAUAAGAGCAAUUAUAAGUGGAUGUGUGGGAUUAUCCAUGAUGUGCUACGUUUCUUGGAAAUUAUCUUUGUGCAUGAGUUUGAUUUUCCCACCAUUAAUUACCAUGUCAUGGUUCUAUGGUAGAAAAAUCAAGGCAUUGUCCAAACUAAUCCAGGAGAAUAUUGGAGAUAUGACUAAGGUGACUGAAGAGAAAUUGAAUGGUGUCAAAGUGAUACAAACAUUUUCUCAACAACAAUCUGUUGUUCAUUCCUAUAAUCAAGAAAUCAAAAAUAUUUUUAAUAGUUCAAUGAGAGAGGCUAAAUUAGCAGGAUUUUUCUACUCGACUAACGGGUUCAUUGGAAAUGUUACCAUGAUUGGAUUAUUGAUAAUGGGUACCAAGUUGAUAGGUGCAGGAGAAUUAACUGUGGGAGAUUUGUCAAGUUUUAUGAUGUAUGCUGUAUAUACUGGUACGUCUGUUUUUGGACUUGGAAAUUUUUAUACUGAGUUGAUGAAAGGUAUAGGGGCUGCUGAAAGAGUUUUUGAAUUAGUGGAAUAUCAACCGAGAAUUUCCAAUCAUUUAGGGAAAAAAGUGGAUGAGUUGAAUGGAGAUAUUGAGUUCAAGGGAAUUGAUUUCACAUAUCCAUCUCGUCCGGAGUCUGGUAUUUUUAAAGACUUGAAUCUUCAUAUUAAGCAAGGAGAAAAUGUUUGUUUGGUAGGACCAUCGGGAAGUGGGAAAUCUACUGUGAGUCAAUUGCUCUUGAGAUUUUAUGACCCUGAAAAGGGUACUAUUCAAAUUGGCGAUGAUGUUAUUACAGAUCUUAACUUGAACCAUUAUAGAUCAAAAUUGGGAUACGUUCAACAAGAACCUUUGUUGUUUAGUGGUACUAUCAAGGAAAAUAUCUUGUUUGGGAAAGAAGAUGCUACUGAUGAAGAAAUCAAUAAUGCUUUAAACUUAAGUUAUGCUUCUAACUUUGUCAGACAUUUACCAGAUGGUCUAGAUACCAAGAUUGGUGCUUCAAAUUCUACGCAAUUGAGUGGAGGACAAAAACAGAGAGUGUCAUUAGCAAGAACAUUGAUACGUGACCCCAAAAUUUUAAUUUUAGACGAGGCAACCUCAGCAUUGGAUUCUGUCAGUGAAGAAAUAGUUAUGCUGAAUUUGAUUCAAUUGAAUAAGAAUAGAGGUGUGACAUUGAUUUCAAUUGCCCAUCGUUUAUCGACAAUUAAAAAUAGUGAUAGAAUUAUUGUGUUCAACCAAGAUGGCCAGAUAGUAGAGGAUGGUAAAUUCAAUGAAUUGCAUAAUGAUCCAAACAGUCAGUUCAAUAAAUUGUUGAAAAGCCAUUCUUUAGAAUAA